GACAAACUGUGAGUGGUUGAGUGACUGGUGAAACUCGAGGGUUGAGAAUAAUUCUCAAAAAUAAAAAUAAAAAACCAAUUCAAUACAGUUUAUUUGAUCUAUUUGUUUCUCUUGUUUUUUCAAUUAAUAAUUACAAUAUUACAUUAACAUGUCAUCGGCUAUUCCAGUUGACCCUGUGAGGGAGAAGAUUCUACAGGAAAAUCGUAAAAAACUUAUUGAACAUAAAGAGAUUUCUAGUCGUCUAAAAGGAAUGCGAGAACAAGCAAAAGAGCUAACUAAACAAUAUGAUAAAUCUGAAAAUGAUCUAAAAGCUCUCCAGAGCGUUGGUCAAAUUGUAGGUGAAGUAUUAAAACAAUUGACUGAAGACAAGUUUAUUGUAAAAGCAACAAAUGGUCCACGCUAUGUAGUUGGAUGUCGACGUCAACUUGAUAAAGCAAAAUUAAAAGCUGGUACUCGAGUGGCAUUAGAUAUGACUACCUUGACUGUAAUGCGUUAUUUGCCUCGUGAAGUAGAUCCAUUGGUGUAUAAAAUGUCUCAUGAAGAUCCUGGUGAGGUAACAUACUCGGCUAUUGGUGGAUUAUCUGAACAGAUCCGUGAAUUGCGAGAAGUUAUUGAAUUACCAUUGUUAAAUCCAGAAUUAUUUCAACGUGUUGGAAUAACUCCUCCUAAGGGCUGUUUACUUUAUGGUCCUCCGGGUACUGGAAAAACAUUAUUGGCUAGAGCUGUAGCUAGUCAACUAGAUGCCAAUUUUUUAAAAGUUGUAUCAAGUGCAAUUGUUGAUAAGUAUAUUGGUGAGAGUGCUCGUCUUAUCCGAGAGAUGUUCAACUAUGCUAGGGAUCAUCAACCAUGUAUCAUAUUUAUGGAUGAAAUAGAUGCUAUUGGUGGUCGUCGAUUUUCUGAAGGAACAUCUGCUGAUCGUGAAAUUCAAAGAACCCUUAUGGAACUUUUGAAUCAAAUGGAUGGUUUUGAUUCUUUGGGUCAAGUUAAAAUGAUUAUGGCUACUAAUCGACCAGAUACAUUAGAUCCAGCUUUAUUAAGACCUGGACGUUUAGAUCGUAAAAUUGAAAUUCCAUUACCUAAUGAACAAGCUCGUUUGGAUAUUUUGAAAAUACAUGCAGCUCCUAUUACUAAACAAGGAGAGAUUGAUUAUGAAGUGCAUCAUAAAACCAUCCAACUAAUAUUUUCAGUCACUUUCUGUUUAUCCUGUACAAUGUUUGAAUUAAUUAUAUUCGAAAUUGUUGGUAUACUAGUUCCCAGCUCUCGCUAUAUAUUUUGGAAUAUAAUACUUUACAAGAUGCUAUUUAUGGUUGUUGUACUUAUACCAUUUUACUUAUGUUAUUUUACUUUGAGUAAUAUGUACCCAUUUUUUCAAAAAAAAGUUGGAAUUUUGGCUUCAGUUAUUUGGAUAUUAUAUUUAUUCUUAUUUUGGAAAAUUGGAGACCCAUUUCCUAUGUUACCUCAAGAAAAAAAAGGCCAUUUAUUUAUAGAAAACUGUAUUAGCAGAAUUGGUGUGAUUGGUGUAACAGUCAUGGCAUUGCUAUCUGGGUUUGGUGCUGUUAACUACCCUUAUACUUCAAUGGCAUAUUUUAUAAAAGCAGUCACCGGAGAUGAUGUCAUAAAUGUGGAAAAACAACUUCUUCAAACAAUAGAUGUUAUUACUGCUAAGAAAAAAAAAAUUUUAUUAGCAGAAACUAAUGCUGGUGUGAGCACUUUUGGAUUUAUGGAUAUGCUAAAAAGAGUCAAAUCAAAUGUAUCCAGUGAUUUAAGAGGAAUUAAAAGUGAUAUUAAAGCUUUAGAAGAGCUUAGUAGACAUUUAUUUUUGGAUACACAUGAUCUAAACAACACUCUGGAGCGUACUGCUUGGGCCAAAACAUGGAAAGGAAAAUACUUCAAUUUCCUAGGUUAUUUUUUCUCAUUAUAUUGUGUUUGGAAAAUAAUUAUAUCCACAUUAAAUAUAAUGUUACAAAGAGUGGGGAAAAAAGAUCCAGUUACAAGAGGAAUGGAGAUUUUAGUGGAAUUGGUUGGCAUUGAUGUUGAUGUAUCAUUUUGGUCACAACAUGUAUCAUUUUUAUUGGUUGGAUGUAUUGCAUUCACUUCAAUAAGGGGUCUCCUAUUAACUUUAACAAAGUUUUUUUAUGCACUUUCUAGCAGUAAAUCAUCAAAUAUUAUUGUUUUAAUAUUUGCUCAACUUAUGGGCAUGUAUUUUGUAUCAUCCGUAUUAUUAAUGCGUAUGAACAUGCCAGCUGAGUAUAGAGCUAUUAUUACGGAAGUACUUGGAGAUCUACAAUUUAGUUUUUAUCAUCGCUGGUUUGAUGUUAUAUUUUUAGUAAGUGCGGUAUCAUCUCUAACAUUUUUAACAUUUGCUCACAAGCAAAGCAAGGUAGACUUACCACCUAUGAUUUAAUAUUUAAUUAUUGUCCGAUUUAACAUAUUUUAUAUCUAUAUAUAUCAAAUAUAUACCUAAUGAUAGUUGUUAUUGAAU